AUGGCUUCUCUUAUUAGGCGGGUCAUGGUGGCAAUGGGCGAGAUUGCACCACUGUGGCUUGCUGACCAGUCGUGGGACAAUGUUGGGUUACUUGUGGAGUCGCCGGACAGCAACAACUCGGGUAUUGUCCUCCUCACCGUUGAUCUCACCCCUGAGGUGAUGGAGGAGUGCCUGCGACAUAAUGUUGAGGUGAUUGUCGCAUAUCAUCCGCCCAUCUUCACGGCGUUUAAGCGUCUCACGCUGGCGGAUCCGAAGCAAAAGAUUAUUUUACAGACGGUGCGUCACGGUGCAUCCAUCUACUCGCCGCACACCUCGUUGGAUGCUGCGAAGGGUGGCAUCAACGACUGGCUUGCGUCGAUUGUAGACAGCAGCGGCGCGUGCCGUCCCAUCCAGCCGUGUGAGUGUGUGAAUAGACAUGGCAACGGUGGUUUCGGCGGAAAUGAUAAAGAUGAGUUAUCCGUAGGGAUCGGCCGCCUCGUGGCGCUUCAUCAGCCAAAAACAAUGGCCACUUUGGUGAAUGACAUAAAGACCGGAUUGCGCAUUCCCACUGUUCGUGUGUCGCUCCCGCAUGGGUGGAGCGGCAGCACAUCGGUUCAUUCGGUGGCUAUCUGCGCGGGGAGCGGUUCCAGUGUGUUUCGUAUGAUAAGGGAACACGUGGAUGUCUUGCUGAGUGGGGAGAUGGGGCACCAUGAGGUACUCGCCGCCAACGCCAAGGGGCAGGCCGUCAUUCUGUGCGAACACACCAACACGGAGCGGGGGUACCUGGAGAAGGAGCUGCUCCCAAAGCUGCAGCAAAAGCUUGAGAAGGGCGUGCGUAUCAUUGUUUCCGCGGAGGACAAGGAUCCGCUUGUUGUAUGGUGA